AUGCAAAAGUUAGUGGUAAUCGCCGCGCGAGAGCGAAGCCGUGCCCCCCCCCCACCCCCAGAGCCUCUGGAAGGAAGCAGCAGGGCAACGGCGCGCAGGAGGGAACUGAAAAUAUCCCCACCCCCCUCCAAGGUCCCCACCAGCCCCGUCUCCAAGAAGAACCCUUUUGUAAGCAGGAACCGCUACAAAGCUGGCUGCCCGGGGCUGGCUGCCCUCCGUGCUAGCUCGCAGGCCGGCCUCGGUAGUUUCAGACUCGCGCAUUAUCUAAGCCGACGUAUUGUUUACUUGCAAUUUGGGACGGUCAAGGGAAGGAAGCCAAAGAAAACAGCCCGGGCCCAAAUCGGCCCCCUCCUCCCUCUCCCCCCCUCCUUGCCCGCGGCUCCCCAGCCGUCCCCUUACCUGCUUUUCCCCUAUAUUGCAAUAUUGCGAAAGGCGGCGGCGGCGAAAAGCGAGCGAAGCCGCUCGGCUUCCAAGGAAGGGGCGCCUUGGCUGGCGGAGCUGGAGGGAGUGGGGGGGGAUGUUCUCGCAGAAGCAGGAAAGGGGAGGAGGGGGCUAAGGGCUGUUUUUUUUUUUUUUUUAACGCGUUGCUCUGAGGCUGGGUUGGGGGGGCCCCGCGUUAAGUGGCAGGCGGCCGAGAGCAGGAGUGUCAGUCUCAGUCCUCGGCGUUCUCCUCCGCCUCCGGCUCCGCGCGAGCAGCUGCAGGAGCCCUCGGCCCGCGCGGCGCGGCUUCAGGCGCGGCGCAGCGGCAGCAACUGCUGCAAUCGCUGCUGCAAGUUUGGCAAUGUGGCUUCACUUUGUAUAUUCCCCCGCCCGGCGGCCCCCGCCCCCGCCCGCGCGCCUCCCGCUCCUCCUCCUCCUCCACCGCCUUCCUCCCUCCCGCGCGCUCGCUGGCUCGCUCGGGGCUGGCGGCGGUGGCCGCUCGGCCGAGCUUCCUGCCCCUCCAGCCGGGGAGCAGCCGCAGAGACAACAGCCCCGGAGCGGCGGCGGCGGCGGGUGCGGAGGCCGGGAGGGGGGCGCACGCGGGAGCCGGGGAGCUGCGGCCGGCCGGGGCCCGGCGCGCUGGAGCCUGCGCCGCUGCCCGGGCUGCUGCUGCUGCCCGGCUCGGAGGAGGAGGAGGAGGAGGCGGCGGCGGCGGCGGCGGCAGCGCGGGCCUCUAGCCGGCUCGCUCGCUCCCUCCGCGGCGCUUACACAUGUGUUACUGACAGAGCAAAAUCCCAACUACUCCCCGGCUCUGCCGCCGACGUCAGCGACCCUCAGCCACUGGGCGGCCGGAUUGUUCAGGCGGAAUAA